AUGGAGCUGACGGCAAGGCGGAAGAAGAAGGCGGAGGAGCUGCCUGAAGGACAGACGGGGACUGUGGCUGGAGCGGCGACGACGAAGGUUGCGAUGGCGACAACCGGGCCUGCGGAAGAGGAAGAGGCGGCGGCGUGGAGGGCCCUCGCACCAACGAUCGAGGAGGACGCGGUAGAGGCAGAGGAAGGAAGGGCUGACGGCGAGUACGGCGGAACGAGUGCUGCUGACGCGGUCACAGAAGCGCAUGAGUGCGCUCAGGAGGGGAGUGAUACACCGGCUGGGCGACUCGAAGCCGCGCGAGAGGAGGCAGAAUCGCCUGAGGACCGCCGAACGGCGGACGAUCGACCGUGGGGCGAGCGCCGUGGAUGCCGGCAAGACGAGCGGGCGCAACCCACGGAGGGCGAGAAGGGAACAAUAGCGCAGGCAGGGGAGGAGCGCGCGGAGACCAAGGCAGGAGACGGGGAGGAAGAGGGGGGAGAGGGCCCGUCGUGGGCGGAGAGCUAG